GUUUGAUCAAUAUUAACAACCAUUUUAGGUUUAAGUUUAGUAAAAAAUUAUUUGUUUAAAAAUGCGCCUCGCAUUUUGCACGGAUUUGGAUAAAAGUGUAGUGGUUUUUAACUGUGAAAAAAGAGGUUGGACGCAAGUUGGACCAGUGGACGACUGGAAUGUUUAUUGGGCUGGAACACAAACAUGCAGAAGUUUGUUCAGUGUUGACAGUGGAUAUCGAAUGAAUGAUAAUCAGAUUAUAAAUCAUUUCCCAAAUCACUAUGAAAUCUCAAGAAAAGACUUACUAGUCAAAAACAUAAAAAGAUACAGGAGAGACCUGGAAAAAGAAGGCAACAAUCUGGCCGAACGUGGAGAUUCGAAAUACUUGCAUUUGGACUUUAUACCGGUUACUUUUGUGCUACCAGCAGACUACAACAUGUUUGUGGAAGAAUACAGAAAAGCCCCGCAAAGUACAUGGAUUAUGAAACCCUGCGGAAGAUCACAAGGAUCGGGAAUAUUUUUAAUUAACAAACUAUCCAAACUCAAAAGGUGGUCUAGGGAGUCCAAAAGUCCAUUUCAGCAGCAGCUCACCAAAGAAAGCUACGUGAUAUCAAAAUACAUUGACAAUCCUCUGCUUAUAGGAGGCAAAAAAUUCGAUUUAAGGCUAUACGUUUUGGUGACCUCAUUUAGACCUUUAAAGGCCUACCAAUUUAAAUUAGGUUUCUGCAGGUUUUGCACAGUAAAGUACGAUUCCAGUGUUACCAAAUUAGACAAUAUUUAUGUGCAUUUGACCAACGUGUCUGUUCAAAAACACGGGGGUGAAUAUAAUUCAAUGCACGGCGGAAAAUUAAGCGUGGAAAAUUUGCGAAUUCACCUGGAAAGUACACGAGGAAAACAAGUGACAGACACGCUGUUCAAUCAAAUAAGCUGGUUGAUAAUACAUUCCCUAAAAGCUAUAGCACCUGUCAUUGCCACCGAUAGGCAUUGUUUUGAGUGUUACGGUUACGACAUUAUCAUAGAUAAUAACUUGAAACCGUGGUUAAUUGAAGUGAAUGCCUCGCCUUCAUUGACAUCAACUACUGCCAACGAUAGAAUUUUAAAGCACAAACUUAUAGACAACAUUUUUAAUGUUGUCAUACCACCAAGUGGUGUUCCAGACGUAAGGUGGAAUAAAAUUCCCAGUCCUGAAUCAUUGGGCGAUUUUGAGUUAUUAAUCGAUGAAGACGUUAUUAAUAAUUCCGAAUUAGAAAAUAUGAAUAAUGGUAAAACAUCAUCAAAAUGGAAAUAAAAGUUUUAAGC